GCCCAAACCAUUUGCCGAAAAAGGCCUUAGUUUGGAUUUUUUCCUUAACCGGAAAAACAAAAGAAAAUCAGAUCUUUCAAGAAUGAAAAGUGGAAAUCAAGUAAGAGAGAAAAUGUCGAGAGAAAAACCCAGAAGAGCUAAUCUUCCUCCUGUUCAAGAGAAUAUUAAUAAAUUAGAGAAAGUUAUAAGCGAUGGUAAUUCCUACGGAGCUCAGCAGAUGUACAAGUCUAUAAGUACACGAUAUGUAUCUGCUCAACGAUGUGCUGAGGCCUUGGAUCUGCUUCAUUCAGGGGCAUGCCUUCAGUUGAAGCACGGGGAGGUUACUUGUGGGUCUGAGCUUGCAGUCAUGUUUGUCGAUGCCCUUGUCAAAGGGAAAAUACCUUGUGACCCAGAGAUCGUUGAUCGUAUUCGGAAAAUCUACAAGCUGUUUCCGCAGAUUCCGGUGCCUAGUAACUUUGCAGUAGAAGAUGAUGUUCAAGAGCUUACCGAAGCUCUUGGGGCAGCAAAAACACGUCUUCAAAGCUGCUACUCAUUCUUAAAAGCUGCUAUAAAGUGGUCUGCAGGGUUUGGUGCUGACAAGAAUGGUGAUCCGCAGCUGCAUACUAUGCUGGCCGAGUACAUAUAUUCUGAAUCUCCUGAAAUGGACAUGGCCAAAGUGUCGUAUCAUUUCGUUCGAGGAAACAACCUAAAGAAGUUUGCAACUACUUUAGUAAACUUCAUGAGCAAGUGUUAUCCAGGUGAAGAUGAUAUAGCCAUUGCACGAGCCAUUCUUAUGUAUUUGUCAAUGGGUAAUCUUCAAGAUGCUAGUUCCCUUAUGGAGGAAUUAAAGAAGCAAGUGCAAGCCCAGGAGCUGGAAUUUCCUGUAUCUGAUUUGAUUCAGUUUAUCAAUUUACUCUUGCUAACGUUGGAAAAAGAGACGUUGCCUCUUUUUAAUGCAUUGAGAGUGAAGUACAAGCCUAGCAUAGACCGAGAACCCGCAUUCAAUGAGUUGGUAUGUGACAUUGCGGAAAAGUUCUAUGGCGUGCAGCGUAGAAAUCCAUUUCAAGAUAUGUUCGGAGACAUGCUGAAGGUGAGUGAUUUAUCCAACUAAUACUCAUCUUAUCUUAAGCUGUUUAUCAACAACAUUCCUUGUGCAGAUGAUGUGAUGAGUAGUCGGCUCAAAUCCCUUUCCAGUUUCUGAUUAGAGAAGCAAUUUCCUAUUUAUCUCCAAAUAUUUAUGAUAUUGUUUCCUAUUUAUUUAUAAUAUUAAUUAAUGUUAUACCCUUUGUAAACAAGAUGGAUCCAUUCUUUGGUUAAAUCAAAUUUUGCCCCUGAAUUAUUUGGUUAAAUCAAA